AUGCUAAGAGAAAGGAAUCAAAGGAAGAAAAAGUUCAGAUGGGGAACUUCGAAAUUGGCAACUCUCCACAGAAUGGCCAAGCAAUACUGCCUAUGUAGUUUAGCAAAGCAAAAUGAAACUUGAGGUGACCUCUCUACCACUCCUAACUCUACUGAAGAGGAAAGCAAGGCCAAGGACCAGAUCAGUUCUCUGAGUUUAAAUCAAGCCGUAUCAUUAGUGACCCCUAUUGAUGGAGAUACAAUUCAUGAAAUAGCUUACCAAUUUGGUUGACUUACCCAAACUAGCAAUAGGCUUGGAAUAUUUGCCUUUGUUCCUACUGAAAGCAUCUACCCUCCUCCUGUAAUUUACCCCUAUCCAUCAGAAGAGCCAGUGACCUCUGGAGGAAUUAUGCAGGAUUUGCCAAAAUCCUUAUCAACACCAAAGCCAAUAGAAAAACUGAACGUUCGCACUGAAGGAAAUAGCACGGGAGAGACUACACUUACCCAUUGAGGGGAAUCGUACCAGAAGUGAAUGGAGUAUUUGGAGGUAUUUACAAAAAAGCCAGAAAGACAGUCAAAAAUAGGAGCGCCUUAUAUAGACAAGAAUAUUACGAGAGAAGAGCUUAUUUUGGCCAUCGCAGAAUCUAUUAGAAGUAGGCUGAAAGGGAUCACUAAGGGAUGUAUCAGCGGGACUAAGGAAAGAAGAGACACUGUAAGGCUCAAGGCCUUUAGGAUGGCUAAAGACGUCAUUCGCAAGUGUCUUUUUAAUACAGAGCCUAGGUGUAGAUACAAAUCAGGUACAAGCAAAAAGUAUAGUCGGUCCUUCUUUUGAGGAUUCCAAAGCUUCAUGAAACUCAUGUCCGAAUCUGGCUUAAGAAAAUGUCUUAGUGAGUUUAAGAAGAAAUAUAAGCAAGAGGGCUGGUGGAUUUCAAAUACAAUGGGCUUUGAGCCUCACUCUUUAGAGCCAGGGUCGAACAAAUUGUUCCCUAAAGAGUUCUUUGAGUUCAUCUCACUCGGAUUCAGCAAGAAGAAAGUUGAGAAUUUGAUAAUGAAUUUUGAUUCCGCUCAAAACUGCCUAAAUUCUACAGAGAUCACCGAAUUCUCACCUUCAAAUUGAUUGGUUAGAAACGACGCUGCAGAAAUAGCAGAAGUGGUGAGGACUACGAUAAAACUGAAGAACUCUCAGUCCAAGAAAAAUAUAAUUAAGCUAGUUGAGAAAAACAAGAUGCUCUUGGAAGCAUUUAAAAUUAUCAUGCUCCUGUCAUCAAUUGAUUCCUCUAGUAAUGGGUAUUCGAUAUCUGAGAGCUCAAAGGACGGAGAUAACAUGAUUAGAGAAGUCAGGGAGGUUAUUCAAGAACUCAUUGAGAUUGGAGACAGCAGUCACUCACACAAACCCUGUCCGCUUUAACCCUGCAUGCGGGUAAAAGCAAAAUUACCAUGAAGAGGCUGAGAAAGAUGUUUAAAGGU